AUGUCAGUUCAUCCGGAAGGAGUACAAAUUGUCGAACGAUAUAACAAGAUUGACCAAUAUUUGGCCAGAAUAUACCUUACGUCCACUCUGGCAACUGGAUUUCUUUUUGUAAUGGCAGCUAUAGCAAAAGGAUUCUACAGCUUCAUCAGCAAAGGCGCCAUUGUUUUGCAAUUACCAUUAACGUUGACAUUUCCAUUUGACAUAAGUAACCCCUGGGUUUUCGGGUUGCUCUUCGUAUGGGUUGCUGUGGCACUUAUUUUUGUCGCUUUAGUCAGUGUCGCUGGAGAAGCAUUUUUUGCUGGACUAGCUACAAAUGUUGUGGCUCACUUCAAAUGCAUACAGCAAAUAUUCCAUAAUCGUAACUUCAAAGAGAACGAUAAAUCAUUGAUAGAAUUGAUCGAAUACCACAAGCUAGUUUUAGAUCUGUCCAACAAGUUGAUGUCUGCUUUUAGAAUGAUAAUUUUUAACCAUUUGAUGGUGGCUUCUGUACUACUAUGCGUUUUAUGUUUUCAGUUAGUUAUGGGCUUGGGAACAUCGCUAAUGUUAAUCAUAAUCUACAUACUUUACAUUGCUGUAAUUGUUAUACAGAUAACAUUUUUCGCUUAUUUUGGAACACUCCUAACGGCUGAAAGCAUUGGAGUAGCCGAUGCUAUCUACUGUAGCAAUUGGUAUGAGACCACAUCGAGUAAUCGCAAAAAACUAUUACAAUGCAUGAUGAGAGCACAGAUACCAGUCGACACCAAGGCUGGAUUAAUGGAAGCUUCUUUACCUAAUUUGAAAGCAAUUGUGAAUUCAGCUGGAUCUUAUGUUACACUGCUCCUAUCGUUUACGUGA